AUGCCGGCUGUUGUAUUAUUGGGCACAGGGCCGAUUCCGGACGGCGCGGACGCCGUCGUGCAGGUGGAGGACACCGAGCCGCUCGCUGCCGCCCCCGAUGGGUCGAAGAUGGUCAGGAUCUCCGCCAGGGUAGCUCAGGGGCACGAUGUGCGCAGCGUGGGAUGUGACAUAGAGAAAGAUUCAGUUGUGCUCAAGUCCGGUGAGAUUAUAGGCCCUGCCGAAGUUGGCCUACUUGCAACCGUGGGAAUAACUACUGUCAAGGCGUACCGUCGACCAACCAUUGCUGUAUUUUCUACGGGGGACGAGUUGGUUCAGCCAGCCACUGCCACUCUCAAUCGCGGUCAGAUUCGUGACUCCAACCGGGCGAUGCUACUUGCUGCUGCUAUUCAGCAGAAGUGUGAAGUGGUUGACCUGGGUAUCGCAAAAGACACUGAAGAAAGUCUUAUGGAGCUUAUGGAUGCGGCUCUACGUUCUGAUGCUGAUAUAAUCAUUACUUCUGGUGGUGUUUCCAUGGGUGAUAGAGAUCUUGUCAAACCAUGCUUGGCAAGGAUGGGUAAAAUUCACUUUGAAAAGAUCAGAAUGAAACCAGGGAAGCCCUUGACAUUUGCUGAGAUCACAUCCAUUGACACGUCAAAGCCAUUCAAAACAGCUCUUGCUUUUGGCUUGCCUGGAAACCCUGUGAGCUGUAUGGUUUGCUUCAAUCUCUUUGUUGUUCCUGCAAUACGUCUUGUCUCCGGUUGGUCGAAUCCUCAUCUGCAAAGAGUGCAUGCACGUAUAUCACAUCCUCUAAGAGCAGACCCACAUCGUCCGGAGUUUCAUCGUGCAGUGAUCAGAUGGGUUCUUGAUGAUGGAUCUGGUAGGCCAGGUUAUGUUGCUGAGAGCACUGGCCAACAAGCUAGUAGCCGCCUCCUAAGUAUGAAAUCUGCAAAUGCUUUGCUGGAAGUGCAAUCAUCUGGGCAGAUAUUGGCAGCUGGAACAUCUGUCCAAGCUAUACUUAUUUCUGAUAUAACUAGCCCUCCUCUGGAUACGCUACCUGCUGCUUCCGCACCCCUAUCACAUUUUGGUUCUUCCACCAAAAGUGCUUUGGCAGAUGUGCCGCAGGUUGGAGCCUUUCACAAUGCUGAAGUCAAAGUAGCAAUUCUGACUGUUAGUGACACCGUUUCUUCUGGAGCAGGCCCUGAUAGGAGUGGGCCAAGGGCUGUAUCUGUAGUGAACUCAUCAUCAGAGAAAUUAGGGGGAGCAACAGUUGUUGCUACAUCUGUAGUUCCAGAUGAAGUGGACAAAAUAAAGGAGAUUCUCGUGAAGUGGAGUGACAUAGACCGCGUCAACCUUAUCUUGACCUUAGGUGGCACUGGCUUCACACCUAGAGAUGUUACACCAGAGGCAACUAAAUGUGUAAUAGAGAGAGAAGCGCCUGGCCUCUCCUUUGUCAUGAUUCAGGAGAGUUUGAAGGUGACACCAUUCGCGAUGCUGUCCCGAGCUGCAUGUGGGAUAAGAGGCUCGACACUUAUCAUCAACAUGCCAGGCAACCCGAAUGCCGUCGCGGAGUGCAUGGAGGCCCUUCUGCCGGCGCUGAAGCACGCCAUGAAGCAGCUGAAAGGCGACAAGCGGGAGAAGAAUCCCAACCACAUCCCUCACGCAGAAGCGGCACCCAUAGACCAGUGGGAGCGCAGUUUCAAGGCCGCAUCGUCGGGUGGUGGCUGCUCAUGUGACCCUUGAUCGGCGCUCAUCCACAGGGUAGUACCAUGCUCUCCUUUGGAACCUGCAAGAUCAGAUUUGUUCUGGUGGAGAUCAAGAAGCUACUUUCUGUGGCCAUGUCGCGUCCAGCUCUAGGCGCAAGCGAUACCGGUUCUAUGUUUUACUCUCUAUGGCUGUUUCGUGACUCCUUUCAGGACCAGUGUAUUAGAGUUUAUACAAUAAAGCAGGGAAGGGGGUUUGGUUUGUGUCAUCGAAUCAUUUCUUGUCAUGAAGGACUGUGGUGACGUGUUUUUCUGAUCUUGUUAAACACUGGCCUUGUCAUAUUUUUUUUUGUAUUAAUGAAACAACGGUACCAAAGAUAA